CUCGAGGCUAUCGUCUCUCCUCUGCGCGUGGAAGAAAUAGCAAUUAUGCGGUUGUUUUUAUAUGUGAUGAUUUAUUUAUUUAUUUAUUUUAUCGGUUAGUGACGCUCACGAUCUCAUUCUCAUUCUCCAUUCCUUCUCUUUCCUCCUAUAACUCGGAUCACCACAUGACUUGAUCUCCUUGCCGUUACCAAAACCAAAAUCCCUAAAUUUGCCCUCAUUUCCCGACCAAGAAGACAUUUCUCUUCUUCUUUUUUGCCAGAAAUUCUUGAGGGCGAGCGAGGCUGAUUGAUGUCUUUGGUAUCUGGAGCCAGGGACAUGGGGUUCGACGACAACAACAACAACAACAACAAGGACGGAGAUGAUGAGAACUCCUCCUCCAGAACCAGAACCAGAACCGACGACGAUGCUCUCGCUAGACAGAUGAGCGAAUCUUCUCUUUGUGCUACCGAGGAAGAAGAAGACGACGAUUCCAAAUUGCAAUUGGGUCCUCAGUACACUAUCAAAGAACAUCUCGAGAAGGACAAGGAUGAUGAGAGUCUGAGGAAAUGGAAGGAACAGCUUCUGGGAAGUGUUGAUGUCACCAACAUUGGAGAGACUCUUGAUCCGGAAGUGAGGAUUCUUAGCCUCGCCAUCUUAUCUCCUGGAAGACCCGAUAUUGUUCUGUUGGUUCCGGAGAAUGGAAAUCCAAAGGGCAUGUGGUUUACUUUGAAAGAAGGGAGCAAGUACAACUUGAAAUUCACCUUUCAAGUUAACAACAACAUUGUCUCUGGUCUUAGGUACACCAAUACUGUUUGGAAGACCGGUGUUAAAGUGGACAGAGCAAAGGAAAUGCUUGGAACCUUUAGUCCUCAAUUGGAGCCAUACAACCACGUGAUGCCAGAAGAGACCACUCCUUCUGGCAUGUUUGCUCGAGGAUCAUAUUCUGCAAGAACUAAGUUUCUUGAUGAUGAUAAUAAGUGCUACUUGGAGAUCAACUACAGCUUUGACAUCCGUAAAGAAUGGCCUGCGGUUUGAAACUCGAGAAUGCGAGUUUGUCUCCUGAGAUGUGUUGUCGGUAGAAGAAAGUUGUGUUUGUUUCACUCCCUAUCUCCGUUUUUUUUCGUUGAACAUAUAAUUGUGAAUCGUUUUUCUGAUCAUGGUAGAACAAGAAGGACAUUUACUUCAUCUUUGAUCUUGAUUUUUUGUCCAGUAAUGUCGUUGGAAAAAUCAACUCUGUUUGUUCUCAACUCUGUUUCUCCUUCCACUUAACAUGUGUUUGAUGAUAUGAUUGUGUCAGAUC